AUGUUCCACCAAUUUCAUGUGAACAAAGAAGACAGGGACUAUCUAAGGUUCCUUUGGUGGGAAAAUGGAGAUAAUGAUACUGAUCCCAUAGAAUGCCGCAUGAGGGUUCACCUCUUUGGAGCCGCUUCAUCUCUGGGCUGCGCCAAUUAUGGCAUCAAAUAUGUAGCAGACCUCUUCUCAUAUCGACAUGGAGCAGAAGCAGCCAACUUUAUGAAACACAAUUUUUACGUUGAUGAUGUCUCAUCUAUAUCUGAGGCAAUUAAAUUAAUAAAAAAUGUAAGAAAGCUAUGUGCAGAUGGAUCACUAAGGCUACACAAGUUCAUAUCAAAUAGCCGUGAAGUAAUGGAACAAAUUCCAAAAUCCGAACAAGCUACCGGAAUUAAGGAUAUAGACCUAUCCUGUGAUUCACUUCCAGUUAAGAGAGUUGGUGUGCAGUGGUGUGUCGAGUCUGACCAAUUUGAAUUCCGCAUUGUACUCAAGGAUCAACCAUUAACUCGAAGGGGAAUAUUAUCUACUGUGGCAUCAAUCUACGACCCUCUUGGAUUUCUUGCCCCAUUCAUUUUAAAGGGACCUAGUAGUAAGCGCAAAUGGGACAAAUAUGGAUACUGUCUCUUUUUUGUAAUUAGAGAAAUACGAAGAUUCCACAUCAUGUCAACGAAAACAUAA